AUUAAGGUGUAUGACGUUUACCAUGAAUUGAUUAACGUGGACCCCGACUUAAACAAGUUGAAAAACUUAUUCGGGUGUUACUAUUUAGUGGUCAACUGUACGGAAUAUGUACUGUACUGUGCAAUCUACUAAUACAAGUUUCAAUCAAUCAACCAAACAAUGACGCCAGAGCUCUUGUUGCACUUACCAAUGGCCACCAGGGGGUGCUAAAUGCGCCUUCACGUGCCCUCCCUCCAAAGGUCAGCGCUAUGCUCUCACUUCCGGCGAUGGAAGAUCAGAAGCCACCUGAUGGAGGCAGGCUGGAGCCUGCUGGGGUUCGCGUCCGGCUUGCUUAUGGCGACGGCGUACGGCGCCAUGGUGCUCUCCCUGCAGAAGCAGUCGCUGUGGUUGUGCGUCUACAGCACGCUGGGCGUGGCGGCGGUGGCGGCCUUCGGGAUGGGACUGUCGGCGGACAUGCGCGGCAGCAUCAUGGUCAUGUUGCCCUCGCUGUGCUCAGCUCAUGGACGCAACUUCCUGCUCUUCCUCUCCACCUCGCUGGUUCUGUCCGGACCGCUCGCCAACACGAUGGAGAACACGGAACGAGCCGCCGCCAGCCUGCAGUGUGGCGCCGAUAUGGCGGCCAAUCAAACGCGGGAGUUGAUGCAAAAAGCAGCCGCGCCCCUCCUCUCCGCGUUGGAUCAGAUCCGCGAGAUCUGCCGCAACGCCGUCGCCACGUCAACAAGGGUUGAGAAGCUGAUCAUGUCUCUGACCGACGCCGUCCGCCAUGUCGCUCGCACUCUAAGGAAUGUUCUUCACUUCCUGGUGGACAUCGGAGACGUCUGCAACGCCAAGAUGGGCUCGCCGUACAGGAAGUGCCAGAGCAUCUUCACGCAGGCCCGAGCGGACUGCGACGCCCAGCUGGGGGACUUCAACUUCCUGUGCGACAUUGUCAGCGGCUUCAUGCGCCUCUGCGAGCUGGCUCGCGCCGGCGAGCUCUUCUGCGUCAUCCCCUCGUACAUCGCCAAGCACCUGAGGGAACACCUGGCCGAGCCUGCUGUCUCGGCCUUUCAGCGCAUGCGGCGCCAGUUCGACUUCAACGUGACGGUGGCGGCCAACCUUGAGGCGGACGCCAACGUAAGCCGGCCAUUGGGGAAGACUGCUCAAGACAUCCUUGAGGAGCUAACCUCAGACUUGCGAGUCUUGAAGAAGCUGAUGGGUCCAUUCUCCUUGGCCGGCCCGGUGCUGCUCGUCUGCUCCUUCCUCAGGGCCGUGCAGUACAGACGCAGGUACUUGACUAGGAUGAGUUUUGACAACAUAUACAUCAGCGCUCAGUUUGUAGAGCUGGACCGUCAGGUGACCGCUGGGGGCGGGGCUUCCGUCUUGCCAAUCAAUCGCAGAGAGUCGACCAUGUACAUCACGCCGCUGUCAUUGCGACUAACGAGCCGUGAGUGGCGGGUGGCCCUGGUGGGCGGGGCCUGGGUGCUGAGGCACGCGUUGGCGGCCGGCCUGCUGGUGGCGCUGGACUUCCUGGUCUUCUGGCUCCUGGACCAGGUUCACCGCCAGGUCCAGAGCGACGUCCUGGGUCAGGCUCCGGUCACCGUGGCUGUGCAGGUUAACGGGUCGGGUUACAUGGCGGACAUCAUGCGGGACGUGGUGGCGUCCUUCAACGUCCUGCAGGGAGGAAAGGUCACCGCCAUCAGCACAAAGUGUAUGCUGGCGCCGUCGGAACCGGACUACGCCGCCUGCUUCACCUUAGGCUUCCUUCUAGGUCUGGCCUUGCUGGUGUCGCUCAUCGGAGGACCUGUGCAGCGCGCCCGACGACUCAUGUGCGCUUAUCUCUAUCCUGAGACCGAGCUGGAGCGUCUCAAAUUCCUGCGCCAGCUGAUCAUGGACGAAAGGAGGGCGGCGGGAAGGGCGCUAGUGAGGGUGAGGCCCAAGAAGCAGGCACAUGGAGAGCAGAUACGCCGCUAUCUUGGUGCGCUGUUGCUGAGUGUGUACGCCAGGUUACCAAGGGGUGGAGCUUACCUGUCUGACCUGCUGGCCUCGUCAUCAGACAUGUGUCUGGCCUGUGGCAGAGGGGCGGGGUCUACGUCCUUCGUCUGCGAUGUACCUAAUUGUCCAGGUGUGUACUGUCGGCCAUGUUUCUGCAGUUUGGGGAAGGUGUGUGACGCAUGUGCGCGACCAUUGACCUUCCAGCAGUACAGCGAGGAGGAGAUUGACUCCAGUGAUGGCGAGCGUUAGGCCAUCAAGGUGCGGAGCUUCGUGCCGCCAUGCAGGCUCUGAUGUCAGGCGGGUAGACCUCAAAGUUUGACCUGUGACCCCGUGAUGCUGAUACACAUUCUUCCCUCGGUGAAUCGCACGCCGCCUCCUUCCUCGACACCGCCAACCGGCGUGAAUGGAAAGCAUUGUGUGUGUACUUGUACAUUGUCUCUCCUGUUGUGUUCUUUACAACGACCAUGUUUGGCGUUCCUGUAGGCGGAGCCACCUGCACACCCCCGAUUACACUCUAGUGUCACACCCCUAUCUGUAUUUACAUUAUUUACCAACACCUUUACUAUUAUUAACCAUCAUCAAAAGACAACGGAACUGAGAGUGGCACAAAUUACCUGCAGGGGGAAAACACACUUCAGGACAUUAAAGUUUCACUUAUUAAUGCCAGCUGAACGAUCUAAAAGGUGUUUAAUCGAGGCCAGGCCGCAGUUCAGCCAUCCACCAGCAGGCUAACGGCUAAAGCUAGCGCCUAUUUGCUGGUGUCGUACGCCAACAACACCGUCCCUUUGCGUCGGACCUCACUCCGGAGUUGGGUGAUCAUUGCUCAACGUGAUUUCACAUUAGUUGUGGUGUGCCUCAGGGGUUAGCGUAUGCCGAGCUAGUACACAAAUGCAGAUACAGUUGGAUGGAGUGGAUAUCAAAAGAGUCAGUGAAAUUACAUUUCUGGGAGUCACAAUAAAUGAUCAAAACCUGAAAUCACGUU